ACCUUUUGGAGGGAGAGAAGUUGCAUUUCGACCAGGAUGCAAAGCACCGAUCUGGGCAACCGGGAGGAAGGCAAGAUCUGGCACCGCAGGCCUUCCCCAGCAGCACAGCAGGGAGUCAUCGCAAAUAUUAUUCACAGUACCACGGGCUAUCAUUCCAAGACGAUCCGGUUUUUGCAUGUGGCCUUUGACAGCUCUGGAGAUUUGCUACUUGCUGGAGACCAUCAAGGGAAUAUCUAUGUUUUUAAUCUUGUGGGCAACCGGUUUAACUUAGUUCAGCGAACUGCACAAGCUUGCACAGCUCUGGCCUUCAGUCUUCGCCGGAAAACAGAAUUCCUUGUCGCUUUGGCUGAUUAUUCUGUGAAAUGCUUUGAUACAGAUACCAAAGAUCUUGUUAGCUGGAUGAGGGGCCAUGAUUCUUCCGUGUCCUCAAUCUCCGUUCAUGGCUCCGGCCGAUACGCCCUUACAACCUCUGCAGAUACAGCCCAGCUAUGGGAUCUUGACACCUUCCAGCGCAAAAGGAAGCUGAACGUUCGUCAGUCUGUGGGCAUCCAGAAGGUCUUCUUCCUCCCACUAAGUAACACCAUCAUCAGCUGCUUUAAAGAUAACUCAAUCUUUGCCUGGGAAUUCGACACUCUCCAUUGCAAGUACCAGUUGCCAUCCCCAAUAGAAGGUUCCUCCUUGCGUUAUAAAGUUUUUGCUGCUACACGAGACGGCCGUGUCCUGGCCGCUGGUGGCAAAUCGAAUCACCUUCACUUGUGGUGUUUGGAGUCCAGGCAGCUGUUGAGGAUAAUCCAGAUGCCGACCAAAGUGCGAUCAGUUCGCCACCUGGAAUUCCUUGUGGACAGUUUUGAUGGCGGCUCUAAUCAGGUUCUUGGGGUGCUGAGUCAAGAUAGCAUCAUGAGGUUUAUCAACGUACGGACAUGCAAGCUUAUCUUUGAUGUUGGCAGCCACGAGGACGGAAUUGGCUCGGCUGCCCUCAGCCCCAAUGGAAGAUAUGUUGCAGCAGUCAUGGAGAACGGCAGCCUUAAUGUAUACAGUAUCCAGGCUCUGACGCAAGAGUUGAAUAAGCCUCCCCCACCUUUGUUUAAAGUGGUCGACGAGCCUUCCAAAGGCGCACCCAAGCUGACUGUGAGAGUGGCGUCUGGAAGGCCAGAGAGGCCUUGGAAACCAAGAGAGAACAAAGUCCAUACUAAAAUGCUUCGACUGCAACCAAACGCCUCGCUUGACAAUAAAGAGAAUGACCUGCCAGAUGGAUUGAACAAGAAACGACUGCAGGCCUUACUGAAGGGUUUCGGGGAGUAUCCAGCCAAAUACAGGAUGUUUAUUUGGCGGUCCUUGCUCCGGCUUCCAGAAAAUCACCUGGCGUUCAGCAGCCUGUUGGAUAAAGGGACCCAUUCGGCGUUUGUGCACCUUCAGAACGAAUACCCUAUUAAAAGCCGGAAGCUUUUGAGAGUCUUACAGAGGACAUUGUCUUCUCUAGCUCACUGGUCUGCCAUCUUUGGCGAGAUGCCCUACAUUCCACUUCUGGCCUUCCCUUUUGUCAAACUCUUCCAGAACAACCAGCUGAUCUGCUUUGAAGUGGUGGCUACUGUCAUAGUGAACUGGUGCCAGCACUGGUUUGAGUUUUUCCCCAAUCCUCCCAUCAAUGUCCUGAGCAUGGUGGAAAACCUCUUGGCGCACCACGACAAAGAACUGCUGCAGCAUCUGAUGAACUGGAGUAUCACAUCACAGGUAUACGCUUGGCCGCUUCUAGAAACCAUGUUCUCUGAGGUCCUGACAAGGGAAGAAUGGCUGAAAAUGUUUGACAACGUCUUCUCCAACCACCCUUCGUAUCUCCUGAUGCUUGUUGCUGCUUACGUGAUAUGUUCCAGAGCUCCUCUGCUUCACUGUAAUCAGAAAGAAGACUUUGAGUAUUUCUUCCAUCACCGGAACAACUUGGAUAUCAGCACCAUGAUGAAAGAGGCCUACCAUCUCAUGGAGUGCACCCCAGCAGAAAUCCACCCCCAGCGUAUGCUGGAAGACUUUGUGCCCCUGACUAAGGGGCAGUACCCGAUUUUUAACAAGUAUCCCCAGUUCAUCGUGGAUUACCAGUCUCAAGAGCGAGAGCGGAUCAGGCAGGAUGAAAUCGAGUAUCUCAGAGAGAGGCAACUGAUCCACGAGGUGGAAGCCAAAGCUGUCCAGCAGAGGGUGGAUGAUGAAACGUGGUAUCGGAAGCAGGACCUGUUGCGUGAGGCCGAGGAGCAGAGGCGGAAGAUUUUGCUGAAGGAAGAGGAGAAACUGGUGGAGCAAAGGCAGAGGCUGGCUGCAGUCAAGCGAGAGCUGAAAGUAAAGGAGCUGCAGUUACUGGAAGCUGCAAGGAGGCGCUUUCUGAAAUACCAGCAAGACCAGCGGGAAAUGGAGCUGAAAUAACAGGCCUCGAAGCGCGACGAACAACAAAGGAAGGCAUCUAUGAGAGAUCGAGAGACGGCCGCCACCAUUCGAGACGUAGAGGUGCAGGAGAUGGAGCUCGCAGCUCAAAGGCGGCUUUUUGAACAGAAACUUGUCAAAGAGAAGGAAACGGCGACGCAAGAAGUCCAAGGGGAGCUGAACGCCAGCCGGAGGAAGGCCGAUCUGGAGGACCGGCUCCUUCAGAGGCUGAUGGAAACGGAGCAAGAGGGCAAGCGUAAAGCUCACCUGCUGGCUGAAGAACAUCUGGCCAAGACUGACCAAGAGCGCAUCGAUGCCGACUGGCACGCUCAAGUCCUUCGCAAGCAGCGACUCGAUGAUCUGGACCGGGAAGCCUUCUAUCAAGAGCUGGCAAAGCACCUUCAGGGCAACAGAGCAGUGGAGUCAGAGCUGCUCGACACACUGAGAGAAACAGAGGCUAAAAGAUGGGAGGAAGUCCUGGAAAAAAGAGAGCAGGUGGCGGCGGAGCAGGCUGUGACCGCAGCGCUGGACGCCAACCGGAAGCGGUUUCUGGAGCACGAAAUGAACGAUGCUCUGGAGCUGGCUGAGAAGCUCCAGAACGAGGACGACUAUUUUGAGAGGCUGCGUGACUUGAGAGCCUCCCAGACCCAGCAAGGUCGUCAGACGCCCCAUAAGACCCCAUCACAGUCUGGCAACGUCUGCCUGAACGAUUCAUCAGCAGUGGACUCCCAUGUGCCCUUUUCUUUAGACAGAGGCCGACAAAACCUGGAAUCCAGAGAGCGGGAAUUGAUGGGGAACGUGAGACAGCUCAGGCAAAAGCUGAUGUCACAAGCCCGGGCAAAGUAUACCCCACCACCAGAAGCACAGUGGAGCAGCUGAAAGGACACAAUUCGCCUGCAGAUAGAACUUCAGUGAUUUUAUAUAUAUAUAGGGGACCGAAGAAACUGAUUUUUAGUCUAUUUAUCAUAAAUCCUUCCAGAGAUAUUUUUGUAUAUAAAAAAUGAAACCAGUCUUGUGUGCCGGUGUAUUACUGUGAUUUUAAGCCAGUGUUGUGAGUAAACAUUUUAAAAUAAAAAGCUUUAUUAAAAA